AUGGCUAAAAUUAAAUUAAUUUUCUCCACUCUCUUGCUUAUUAAUAUCUUCUCACUUGUAUUAUCUGCCAGAUGUCAAGGAAGCUCUAGAGAUGAAUACACCCACGCUAUGCGUUUCAAGCUUACUACCGGUAACUUCAAAAAAGUAGCAGCUGAACUCUGGCUAGAAGGUUGCAUUUUUGAUUUAGCUAAUGGUGUUACUGGCUAUUCAUUUACAAAACCGAUAACUGUUUACGAUGAAUCAAUUAUUAAGAAAUGGACCCCUGGAGAAAUUCAAUAUCUCUUAAGAAAAGUAAAUGAUAAUAAUAUAGAUUUUCAGGUUUCAGAAAAUAGACUUCACCUUUAUGUUAGAAAGAGACAACCAAGACCACAAAUCCAACCAACAGCAAAUCCAUCAUUCAGAUGUCAAUAUCCAGUUGAGCUUGAUCUAAAUGUAUUCGCAGUGGAGAAUGGUGAUCGUGCUGUUGCAACCUAUAGUGGUACUGCAUGUAGGUUACCAGACUCAAAAGGAAAUGAUUAUUGGACAUUCAAAGAUCCAUUGACAAUCUAUUAUAGAAAUUUUGUAAAUCGCUGGGUGGAGGGCAGUGUAUUCGUCUUUGAUCCAGAAGAGGAUAUAGAUAAUAUAGAAGUAUACAUUUCAUCUGAUGGUAGAAAAUUAUACACUAGACCAUAA